AUGUAUAACGGAUUGGCAACAAAAUUCGACGCUGUGUAUCAUGACCACCAAUCCGACAUCUCUAUAUUCGCCAAAUUCGCUGCUCCACAGCUUAAUGAGAAUUGUUUGGAUCUCGGUACAGGAUCUGGUCGGCUUUUGAUAGAGAUGAAGAAACACAUUGAAGAUGGAACUUGUGGAGGAAUUGAUGUGGCGGAACAGCUUCUAGAGAUUGAUGCCAAAUACAACAUCACAGCAGCAGGUUUCAUACCUCUGAACAACAAAAAAUCUGAACAGCGUGCAGUUGAGAAUCAAGGAUCUAAGAAAGUGAUACAUCUUGCCUGUGGAGAUAUCACAUGCAGUGAGGUGCUCAUGGCUGCAAAGCAGUGGCUACCAAAAGAUAUUGGUGGUUUUGAUAUCAUCACAGCCUUCUGGACAUUUGAGCUUUUACCACUGAACAAACGAAAAGAUGCCUUGAAUCUGUGGCGUCAAUCUCUGGCUCCAGGUGGUCGAUUGGUUCUGAAUUGGGUGCUGUUGAUUGAUGGCAUUGAGUGCCCCGCCAUGUACACCGAGAGUGAUGAUAGUGGUGUGACCACUUUACCCAACGGCAUGGUGGCUAGAUGCCGGGCUACAAAGAAACAUGUGAAGAUUGCGCCAGAUUAUCUCUGGGAAAUCUGUCUUGCACAGGCAAAGGAGGCGGUGGCUGAGUGUGGUUUUCAGGUGAAGACUCAUCGCCCUAUUUUCCAUAAAAGGCAAGAAGGACUGGGGGUUUUUGAAGAUGAAUCUGCCAGCUUCACCCAACUGAUUCGAACCAAGUUAAAUCUGUCCCGGAAGAAAAAAAUUCCAAUCGAGAAAAUGGUUUUAGAGCUGCGCAAUGAGCUGGAGGAAAGAAAGUCUGUUUUGAACAGUUCAACUAAAUUCAUUGAUCAUAAAAACCUCGCUACAAUGAUCAUCCUCACAGUUUAA